AUGUGUGUGUGUGUGUGUACAGUUUCCCAUAGGAGCCAUGGCAAGGAGGCAGGCCAGGUUCUUGUUCUGGGCCAGGGUGAUGUUGGACAGUUGGGUCAAGGCGAGGACGUGAUGCAGAGGAAGAAGCCGUCCCUUGUUUCCCUGCCAGAGAAAAUUGUGCAAGUGAUAGCAGGAGGCAUGCACACUGUGUGCCUCAGUGACACUGGCAAUGUUUACACUUUUGGCUGUAAUGACGAAGGGGCCCUUGGUCGGGACACAACAGAGGAGGGGUCUGAGAUGGUUCCAGGAAAGGUGAUACUGGAGGAGAAGGUGGUCCAGGUGUCUGCAGGAGACAGCCACACAGCUGCACUCUCAGAAGAAGGGAUGGUGUACAUCUGGGGCGCCUUCAGGGAUAACAACGGUGUUAUAGGUCUGCUGGAGCCGAUGAAAACAUCGACCGUUCCACUCAAAGUCCCCAUGAAAGAACCUGUUGUGAAAAUUGCGUCAGGUAACGACCACCUGGUACUGGUUACACUGGAGGGAAAUCUUUACUCAUUAGGCACUGGAGAGCAGGGGCAGCUGGGAAGAGUGUCUGGGUUUUUUACAGACAGAGGCGGCAGGAAAGGCCUCGACCGGUUGCUGGUACCACAGAUGGUAAAGGUCAAGGGGAAAGUUCACUUCACGGAUGUCUUCUGCGGGGCGUACUUCACUUUUGCAGUGUCAAAAGAGGGACAUGUUUAUGGAUUUGGCCUCUCCAACUAUCACCAACUGGGCACUAAAAGCACCAAGUUGUGUUUUUUCCCGGUAAAACUGACAUGCUUCAAGAACUCUACCACCUCCUGGGUGGACUUCUCUGGAGGACAACAUCACACACUCUGCCUGGAUGCUGAGGGACAGGUAUAUAGCCUGGGCAGAGCAGAGUAUGGUCGUCUUGGUCUGGGCCAACAGGCUGAAGAGAAGAGCGAGCCCACGCCUGUGACGGGGAUCGAGCUGGCCAGCAGAGUGACAUGUGGGGCGACUGUCAGCUAUGCCGUCACCAGAGAAGGAUCUGUGUAUGCCUGGGGCAUGGGCACCAACCUGCAGCUCGGCACAGGAGAGGAGGAUGACGAGUGGAGCCCUGUAAAGAUGACAGGCAAGCAGCUGGAGAACCGCAUAGUACUGAUGGCCUCCAGUGGAGGGCAGCACACAGUCCUUUUGGUCAAAGACAAGCAAGAGAGCUGAUGUCCAUCUCAGGCAGAGAAUGAUUGGGGGGGGGGGCGAUCUUUUGCUCUGAUUCAAAGUGGGGCCUUGUUCACGAUGCCUAAGUCUGGGGUUGGGAUUAAUCUAUGUGCAACUUCCUGUGCUGAGCUGAAGUGGAGGUGAGAUUCCCUUUUCCUGGGAACUCGUUUCUUCUUGGUGUAGGGAAAAAUGUUCAUGGAUGUUUGGUAGAUCAUGACAAAUGAGACUAUUUUUUUAAAUCUAGAUUUUGGUGUUCUUUGAAUGAUUUUCAUUAAGAGUCAUUAAUAUGACUGUCAGAUGAUAUAUGUGAUGUUUGUGAAUGUGACUGUUGGCAUGUACAUAAAGGAAACGAGUGCAAGCCUUUUAAUGACUUACCCAAACAAUAGUCUUUUUAAUUUAGUUUUUCUUUCAUUUAAAGCAAUAAUUCCAUUGACUUUGGUUCAGACAGGACAUUUAUACUCGAUGAGUUUAAUCUGUGAUACUACUGUUCAUUUUACCUUGGACACAACUUUUGUUGUGAAUCGUUGGACAUUUGGUAACACGUCAUACUGUAUCCUGCAAGUUGCUUUUCCUGUCUGCUAAUAAAGUGUUUUUUUUAAUUAA